CCUCCCCCUAACAAAAAUGGACGUUCGCAGAUGUUGCGAAACCCUCACAAUGCUCCAGUAUUUACCAAUACUGUGACUUGUAAUUCCAUCACAUGUGUGAUCUCACUUUCGAUACACCACAAUUCAACACGUAAAAUCCUCGGAUAAGGAGUCUGUCUCUUUCCUCCUCUGGAAUAACCCAGGAAAAUUUAUCGAGAGGAGAUAACGGAGUGAAGACACUGACUUGGAUGUCACAAUUAACCUCAACAUGAGUCUCGCGUGCUGAGGAGACAGUUUCAACUUUUUUUUACGACGAAGUUGUUUGAUUUUUCGUGGAAUUGUCAUUUGAAUUCUGCUGGGUCCUUUAAAAAUGGCUGAGGUGUCUAACAAAGACUACGAAAUUCGAUCCGGAAGGAGUAUCAAUAGUGGAACUGGGUCUGAUGGAGAUAUGAAGCUGGAACCUUCGAGUCCAACCGAGAGAUAUGUUUUUUCCAGGUGCAGCAGCACUGGAUCUGUAAAUACACCAUCGUCAUCAGCUCAUAAUACUGAAGAUGAAGACAGUGACAAUAAGAGUUCUACAAUAAGCUACAAAGAGCGUCGUCGAGAAGCUCACACUCAAGCUGAACAAAAGCGUCGAGAUGCGAUUAAGAAAGGCUAUGAUUCCCUUCAAGAUUUAGUCCCAACUUGCCAGCACACUGAUUCCUCUGGCUACAAACUGUCCAAGGCCACUGUCCUCCAGAAAUCCAUUGAUUACAUACAGUUUCUACUUCAACAGAAGAAAAAACAGGAGGAGGAGAGAAAUGCCCUGAGGAAGGAGGUCGUCGCUCUCAGAAUUAUGCAGGCUAAUUACGAACAGAUUGUUAAAGCCCAUCAGACGCAGCCUGGACAGGCUGAGAUGAGGGUCUCUGAUGAAACGAAAUUUCAAGUGUUCCAGGCAAUUAUGGAUCGCCUUUUUCAAACAUUUAACAAUGUUUCGGUUGCUAAUUUCGCUGAAUUAUCGGGGUGUGUAUUCAGCUGGCUGGAGGAGCACUGUAAACCACAGACCAUGCGGGAGGUGGUACUAUCAGUUCUUCAGCAGCUCAACAAUCAAAUCAGCUAGUCCAAAAUGAAGAACAUUAUGUAGAGUUGAGGUGGUUACCUACCUCAAUCAAAAUUAAACCCAGAAUCUUCCAAUUUUGCCCAACAAAAUGUAAAAAACAAUUAAGAAGAGUUACCAUGUUGGACUUUCACUUAAGUUAACUUAAGUUAUGAAGUUGGAUUCUAUUAAUCGGAAGGAUGGAUGCUAAAUACAUCGACAGAAUCAAAAGGAACACAUGAAGAUGACCGAGAAAUUCGACAAUAUGAUGGCGCUACGUGAACCAUUAGGAGUUAGAGUUGAACAGAAGAUCGAUAGGACUAUUUAAACAGAAAAUCAUUUUGUACGCAAUACAAGAAGAAGAUGAGUCUUCGAUGAGUCUAUUUGUAAUAAGUUUGUUCUGCAGUGCCUCAACAGGGCAGAAAUAUUCAUAAAAUAUAAUUUUUUAAUAAUCCGCAAGUUGCCAUUUUAUAGCUAUGAAUAAAUGUAUAUGAAGAACGUUA